UCUCAAUAACAACCCAAUAAUUAUAGAUGUUUCUUAAAAUGACCGAUGAAGUGGCUUUAUCAGAUGAGACGCUGGACGAGUUGUUCGUUAGGGAAGUGGGCAGCGUGACGAAAAUUGUGGAAAAGCUGCCCAGCAAUGCCGUAAUGGCCACCUGCACGCGUUGGUUCAAGAUCUUUCAGGCAGCCGAUCCCGAGGAAAGAUUUGCACGCAACUGCAUGCUUCUAUUGCUCCACAAACAGCUCAACGAUGACAACGCACUGAGUUUUCCUUUUACGGAUGCUCGCAGUUAUCAGCGGGAUCUAAAAACAUUGCAUCAGAUGAGUCUAACGGUGAACCAUGCAGAUGGCAACGUCGACGAUGUUAAUAAAGAUGAUAACCGUAAUGGAGAUGCCAAUACCGAAGAUAGCCCCACCAUGGAUACAAGUUCGCCAUUCAGUUCGCAUAGCCCAGAGGUGUGUUGCGCAGAGAAUUCGUUGCGCUUGGAGAUCGCCAACAAGGUGCUGAUGGAGCAAAACAAAGAGAUGCUCAGAGAGUUGCAGGAGCUGGAGGCAGAGAAAGAGAAUUUGCUGACGCACCGCGAGAACCUAGAGGCUACAAACGAAACACUGCGCGAUCACAAUAAGUUGUAUAGCAAAGAAGUCGGGUGUAUGAAGCACAUUUUUGCCUGCUCGUCUGUGACGGCCCUUAAGCUAUUUAACCAGCCACAAUUUAUGGAACGUCCAACCUAUUUCGUGACCCUUUUCUCUGUGCUCUGCGAAGAUGCACGAGAUCGGGCACACUUUGAGCAAAUGGAUAUUAAGUUAGGGCGUUUACUGCGCGAUCACAUGGACUAUUAUGUGUCAUUAACAACACGAGAUCAAAUUAGCAGAGCAUACAAUGAAAUGCACGCUAGUGUGUGUAAACGCUAUAAGCAGCUCAUUAGAAUGCAGGAAGAAACGGCGGUGCAUCAGCUAUCCUUAAUGACAAUGCGUUAUUUGAUGACACUGCGCAAACUCUUUCUGGACACCAACAAACACGACAAAGGCAUGGAGCAGUUGGCGUUGGAUUUCAUACAAUAUAAUUACAAUGAUUUAGCGAAGGGACUAUAGAGUCAUCUAUGC